GAGCCUCCCCCUCCUCGUAUGAAGAGGCGCAUUCAUUGGCGGAGGAGGAGGAGAACGAAAGGAAGGGGUUGGGAGAAGAAAUAGGAGGAGGAGAAGAGGAGGAGGAGGUAACCCCUAAUUUACCGUCCGAGACGCCUCAUGUGACCAACGGUGACAGUAGUUUUACCGCUACCCGGGGUGGAGGACCUGCUUCUUCCCCCCAGCGCUCCUCCACCAUUUGACGUCUUGUUGCAUGCAUGCAAGAACGGUGGAAGCAGGUACUCUUUCUCUUCUUGUGCGUCCGGUGCCCUCGGGUUACUUUUCUCGGGUUUCAGCGUCAUGGCCUGGAGGGGAGCAAGAACACGCUCCUCUUAUCAUCCCAUCCAUUACAGCAAUUAGGAUUGAGGUUGAAGCAAGAGACUGUGAGGACAGGAGAUAAGGUGAUGACCUGGAUAGUGCCAUGUGAAUGACUGAAGACCAUGAAGCCCACACACAAGCUGCUGUUCGUCCUGUGCCCCAUGCUGGUACUAGGCUUUAUUUACUACUCAUCGGGAAAGUUACAUCUGAACGUAUGGGGCCAGAAGCCACAGCUGGAAACGGAUAGCUCCGAGGGACGAAUAGUAGGCUCAGUGUAUGACAAGCAGGGCUUUUUGCUGCAGUUAGACACAAAAUUGCCACCAGAGUUGGCGUACAAGUACGGCAAUCUCAGUGAAGGCGUGUGCAAGCCAGGAUAUGCAGCAGCCAAGAUGACAAGCAUCUAUCCAAAGUUCACAAAAGCGGCGCCCAUGUUUCUAGACCAAAACUUCAAACGUCUCACAAAAGUCAGCAAUUACUUGCCUCCCUUUGGAUUCAAAACGCAAGAGAGAAUCAUAGACAGCAUUUUGACAACCACCAAAAACUUUGGACUAGGAGAUGAGCUGGACAGUCUAAGCUGUAAAAAAUGCAUCAUAGUUGGCAACGGAGGUAUCCUGUCCAACAAAUCUCUGGGAUCACGUAUAGAUGACUACAAUGUUGUGGUCAGAUUGAACGAAGCUCCGGUGGCCGGUUACGGCAAGGAUGUAGGGACCAAAACAACAAUGAGAAUUACCUACCCAGAGGGAGCUAUUCAAAAGCCGGAACACUACGAAAAGGAUUCCCUUUUUGUUUUUUCUGCUUUCAAACCACUGGACUUCAAGUGGCUUCGACAGAUGGUCUUCAAGGAGAGACUGCGAGGUACAGAAGGUUUUUGGAAGUCUGUGGCUCAGCACGUCCCUCGUGAUCCCAGCGAGAUGAGAAUCCUCAACCCUUAUUUCAUCCAGGAGGCUGCCUUCCAGUUCAUCGGCCUGCCCUUUAACAAUGGCAUAAUGGGAAAAGGGAACAUUCCAACUUUAGGCACGGUUGCCAUAACUAUGGCGCUGCAUAACUGUGAUGAGGUGGCGGUAGCCGGUUUCGGCUAUGACAUGAACGCGCCCCACGCGCCCCUUCACUAUUACGAGGCUGUCAAGAUGUCUGCUAUCAAAGAGUCGUGGACACACAACAUAUCCAAGGAGAAAGAAUUCCUGCGCAAGUUAGUGAAGGCCAAUGUUGUCUCGGACCUCACCAGUGGCAUCUGAGCAUAGUGGCCUCUAGUCUCCUUCCCUUUGGACUACUGCACAGGAAGCCAGGGAAAGAGCAAACCCACCCUGGAGUGUCCAGGUGGCCUCCACACGAUAUUCGAUUUCAUAUCAACGGAGAUUACUUUCAGAAAGAAGUUAAGCGGUGACGUGCGCACACGCGUGCCUUCCGAACCAAAGACGUCGACAGAUUGAAGCACGUGGAGGGGUGGGAACGACUGAUUGCACCCACUUCCUGUUUACCGAUUUAAUCUCCGGUAUCACACCAAUGACGUGACUGGCGGACGGCGGGUCAAAAGCGGAGACGGUGCAGGGACGGGCCGAGUAUUAGCAGUGCCAAAAGUACCUCGAACAGGAGAGAGGUGGCGCUACUCUCCUCCUUGCUGCCUGAAUGUAUUCACGUUCCUCAGUGUAAAUAGCAAAAGAUUUUUACUUUAGUGGUAUGCAAAAG